CCGCUCCACAGCACGGAGGGCGGGCUCACACGCACUCGACCAAGUCUUUACCCACUCGUGGCAGUCUCUCUGUAAAGUUCCACAGGUCUGACCGGGUUUGUAUUUCACCACAAUGGCUGAUCACACGUCUCCUGAUUACUUCAGCUGCUCCCUGUGCACGAACCUCCUCAGGGACCCUGUGGCGAUCCCCUGCGGCCACAGUUUCUGCAUGGACUGCAUCAGCGGCUACUGGAACGAGGCGGACUACACAGGGAUUUACAUCUGCCCCCAGUGCAAGAUCACGUUCACCCAGAGGCCCGUGCUGCGACCCAACGCCACGCUCAGCAUGGUGGCCGAGAAGAUCAAGAAGAGCGGCCUGAACAUCAACCUGACGUCAUCCCAGGGGAACGUGUACGCCGGCCCGAGCGACGUCCCGUGCGACUUCUGCACCGGGAAGAAGCUGAAAGCUGUGAAGUCGUGCCUGAACUGCCUGGCGUCGUACUGCGAGAAGCACCUGAGGCCGCAUUACGAGUCGGCCACGUUCAAGAGGCACAAGCUGGUGGACGAACUGGGAAACCUGGACAGGAAGAUCUGCCCGCAGCACCAGAAGUCCCUGGAGCUGUUCUGUCGGACGGACCAGAUGUGCAUCUGUGCCCUGUGCACCGUCAGUGAACACAGGGGCCAUGACAUCGUGUCUGCCGAGGCUGAGAGGGGGGAGAAGCAGAAACUGUUGGGAGUCUCUCAAGCUGAGAUUAGACAAAAAUGUCAGGAAAGGGUGAAGGAGCUGGAGGAACUCAAGACUGCUGUGGAUUCACUAAAGAACUCUGCCCAAAGAGCCAUGGUGGAGAGCCAGAAGAUGUUCGAGGACAUGAUCCGCUCCAUCGAGAGGAUGAGGUCAGAGGUCACCAAACUGAUUGGCAUCAACGAGAAAGCUGCUUUCAGCCAAGCCGAGACUUUGAUCGAGCGACUGGAGCAAGAGAUCGAUGAACUGAAGAAGAAGGAGAACGGCCUCAAGCAGCUGUACAGCACCGAAGACCACAUCCACUUCUUGCAGAACUUCAACUACCUCUGCACCCCCACUGAUGACGGCUUCAUCCCCAAGGUGACGGUGAACCCAGACUUCUCCUUCGGGGCGGUCAGGAAAGCUGUGGCUGAGAUCAAGGAACGCCUCGAGGAGUUCGGCAGGGAGGAGCUGCUUAAAAUUUCCAAGACAGUGAACGAGGUCCCAGUUUACACCACAGAGAGUAGAACACUGGACAGGAGGAGCCGAGGCAAAGAAAUGACGGUGGACAGCGCUCCUCCUCCAGAGCCAAAGUCCAGAGCUGAUUUUCUGAAGUACUUCUGCCAGCUGAAGCUGGACUCCAGCACAGCCUACAAAGAGUUGUGCAUCUCUGACAACAACAGAAAAGUCAUCCGCACCAGAAACCUGCAGCCCUACGGGGACAACCCAGAGAGGUUCGACAGCUUCGCCCAGGUGCUGUGCCGAGAGGCGCUGUCCGGGGGCCGCUUCUACUGGGAGAUCGAGUGGAGCGGGGAGUUCUCCAUCGGUGUGGCCUACAGGGGCAUCAGCCGGAAGGGCAAAGGCUCGCUGUGUCUGCUGGGCUACAACGACAAGUCCUGGAGCCUCCUCUGCUCCGACACGGGUUACUCCGCUUGGCACAAUCGGGUGGACAAAGCCGUCAGCGGCCCCCACUCCUCCAGGAUAGGCGUGUACCUGGACCACACAGCUGGUGUGCUGGCCUUUUACAGCAUAGGCAACACCAUGACCCUCCUGCACAGGUUCCACACGGCCUUCGCAGAGCCUCUCUAUCCAGGGUUUGGAGUUGGAACAUCUGUCAAAAUAUGCAACCUUAAGUGAAAACUGAUAUUUGAGCCGUCAUCUGAAAAUUAUUUUUGAUAUAUUUUUAAAAUUUUACAUGACAUUUUGGAUCAUAUAUUUUGUAACGAUCGAUGUUUUACCAAACCGCGUUAAUGAAGUUGUACCGUUUAUUUUUGAAGAGCACUGUGCAUCUACCUUUUUUUUAACUACAUAUAUAUGUAAUAUAUUUGUACUGUGCUGCCAAAUCACGUUUAAACAUUAGUACUGAUCAUCAUAAUUACUGUUAUCACACAAGCACACCAUAAACUAAUAUGUUCUUCCUGAUGUUAGUAAUAAAUGUCACGAUUUAAGGGCUUAUCACAAACGUUUGUUUCCUCUAAUAAUUUACAUCUCAUUUCAUGCCAGUGUGACAGAAAGUACUUUAC